AUGGCCGUCCGACACAUUUCCGCGCUUCCAUUCCUGUCGUCAUUUACAUCCCCGGUUCUGCGACAGUCACAACGAUGGACCACCAUUUACUACCAACGGGCUGUUUUACUCCAGGGCUUGCCUGUUCUGAGCGGAUACAUCGCCAAUGAAGUUCCCUCGUUCCUAGCUGGUCUCUGGGAAUCAGUUCUCCGCGCCGUUCCCAAAAAGAAGACCUCGCAUAUGAAGAAGCGACACCGACAGAUGGCUGGCAAGGCAUUGAAGGAUGUAAAGAGCUUGAGCAAAUGCCCCAGCUGUGGAGAGCCCAAGAGAUCCCAUGUUCUAUGCCCUACGUGUGUCAAAGACAUCAAGGAUCAAUGGGCACAGGCCGCGAUCGAAAAACAAAGAGCAGCGGAUGCUGCUGCUACACGCUUCUGA